UCUUAACAGUUCUGAAGUAUGGAACUCUUUGAAACCAGUCCUUAUUUUUUCCAAGACCAAAGAUUUUAUGACAAUGAAAAUUACUUUUCUUCAAGGCUUCCCGCAUAUGAUCAAACUGGAUUUCAAGAUCGUGGAUCAAUAGGACUUUGUAAUGAAGGUGUGUUACUGCAAGAGUCAGGCAUUGAAGAAAAAGUCUCACCCCAUUCCACAGUAAGCCAGCAAGACCAUUGCCCAGGCCAGUGCCUGCCAUGGGCCUGCAAGAUGUGCAAGCGGAAGACAGUGUCAUUGGAUAGAAGACGGGCAGCUACCCUGAGGGAGAAACGCAGACUGAAGAAAGUAAAUGAAGCCUUUGAAGCCUUAAAAAGAAGCACUUUGUUAAACCCUAAUCAGAGACUCCCCAAAGUUGAGAUCUUGAGGAGUGCCAUCCAGUAUAUAGAACGACUGCAAGCUCUGCUGUCUUCUCUUAACCAGCAAGAGAGGGACCAACGAGAUUUGCUCUACAUCAAUAAUGGAUCUCAGAGAGUGAUAUCAAGUGAAUGUGGAUCAAGUUCCUCUUCUUGCAGCCCAGAAUGGAACGAGUCUGAUUUUAACAGUAGUCAAAGCGAUCAUCUUUUAAGUGAUGACUCUUCUGAGCAACGGGACAUGACCUCAUUGUCUUCCAUUGUUGACAGCAUCACAUCUGGAGAAGUGUCUAUAAACUACCCGGACCAGCAUAUUGGAAACUAAUCUUUCAAAAUAUAUAUUGUUGUUGACUUUCCUGAAAGUUAUUACAAGAUUAGGAUUCUGUGGAUUUCCUUUCUUAUUCUACUUUUAUAUACAAAAAAAAAAAAAACACAGAUUAAAUGAAUUCAGAUUGUUGGGUAUAGUGUCUGAUGGGGGACUUUUAGAAAAAAUUAAUACAUCAAAUUAUUUUAGAUCUACAUAACUUGUCCAACCUAGUCCUUUAUAGUAAUUAUUAUAGACUAUAGGUUCUUUGGGCAGGAAACUCCCAUUUUGUCUUAUUACCACUACCCAUAGAUUGUGAUGUAGUUUGCACUUGCUCCAUAAAAGUAUAUUGGAGUUUUGAAACAUGAUAUGUUCUGUAGAGAGGUAACACUGGAACAUAACCUGAUACUGGGAGGCUGCUCAAAAAACUUCUCAGAUGUAGACUAAUAAAUCUCCAUUUCUAUGUUCAACAUAUACCUGAGGAGCCAAAAGAGUGUCCUUACUUUAUGCAGGUAUAUUAUUUAUGCUCCAAAAGAAAUAAAAAAAUAUAUGUAGUCUGUAUGAAGAUAGACAACUCAAAAAUUAUGAGGACUUCCAGGGCAUGGAUGGGAAUUAAAAAGGGGUCUGCUAUUUCCAGAAAAAGGUUGUGUCUGAUAUUUACAAGUUAUCCUUAUUAUAAAGGUUAACCGGGUAACUUACAAUUUUGUAAAACGGCUCAAAACAGUGUAAAAUUAGAAAAAAAUAAUCAUUCUCACAUUGCCAAUGCUCCACAGCUUUCUUUCCAAACGAUCUCUACUUCCUGGUCCCUCUCAACAGACAGUGAUUGUCUGAGCAGUUUUGAGCACUGAUUUCCUGUGUGUGGGACUAGGAAGUAGAGACAGGCAGGGGACCGAGAAGCACCAGAACGGGAGCAGCAGGAGAUUGGUGAGGUGAAUGGCUUAUUAUUUUACAUUGUUAUGAGUCUUAAAAAAAACUGGUGGACCACCCGUUUUCGAAGUGGGUUGCAAUACUACACACAGUCCAUCAUGAGACCUGUCUCACGGUUUUCCGAACACCUUUAUAAUAGAUGGGUUAAUGGGUAACUGCUAUUGUAUACUUUCUAAACUCUCCCCCACCCUCAAAGAAUGAGGGUUGGACAACUUUUUUUUCUAUGAACUGAAAUCAAUUAUUAUUUUAUGACUGACUAUCCCUUUUUGGGUCAUAUUUAAAGAACUGUCCUGUAACAUUGCCAUAACAAGGCAAAUUAUUUAAUUAAAUUAUUAAAUUAAAAUAUAGUUACACCUAAUUAAUUUAACAUAAAAAAGAGAUCAUUUAAUUUAAUUUAAAAAUCAAUCCAGGUUAUAUUUAUUAAUUAUAUAAAUAAAACGCCAUGAAUUUUGUGAUCUGGAUAAUCGAGGACAUUACUUCUGAUGAAUUCCAUCUUUUAGUAUGAGAAUGUUUUGUAAUAUAUAUUUUCGUAGUCGUUUUUAUUAAAGGGUGUGCUGUUCUGCAGAAAUAUGUUUUUUUAUGUUCGGUGGGGCCAAUUUUUUUUAUUGAUUUUAAUGUGGUUUGACCAAUUUAAAUGUAACAUGAUUUGACAAGUUUUUUUUUAUUAAAUGUGUGGGUUUGCCAUCUUUU